AUGCUCUAUUCGUCUCUUCAAAAUGGCACCUAUGAUCCAGUCGACUGGAAUGACACCGAUGCUUCGGAAGACGAAGAUUAUUUGCCACAGUUUCCUCGUCAAGAACAAUUUCCUAUUGCACCAUCGAUCAAAAACUACUUUUUAAAAGCAGAUAAUGAAGUAUUCAGUGCCAGUAGUUUAAGUAGCCAGAGCAGCAGUGGUGAAAGCGGGUUUCAUUCACUAGAGAACGACCAGGAAAGCGAUGCUGAAGACAGAAAACGAGUACGCAUGAAUUCGCUCAGCUGGGAUAUAAACACAAGAGAAUUGUUUCGAAGGAAAUUGAGCACAGAAACACCAUUUGAUAAAGUGCGUCGAGCUAUUGAUGCAACAAUCGAUAACGGAGUCGAUGAAGCAGACAUGAGCAAUAUAGGUCUAACUGAAAUACCGGAUGAAAUAGGGGAGCUUCAGUAUGUUACAGUGCUCCACAAUGAUAUAGUCAAAGCAGCCUCACUGCAAGUCUAUCUAUACAACAACGAGCUGCAGUCUAUCAAUCCGGUGUUAUUCAGGUUGAGGAACCUGACAGUACUCAGUCUGAGAAACAAUCGUCUAACAGCAAUUCCACCAGAGAUUGCGUUACUCGAGAAUCUAGUAGAGCUCUCUCUGGGCAACAACCAGCUGAAACAAAUACCGGCAGAGAUACUACGUUUAAAUAGAUUAUCCACGCUAUCUCUCUUUCCGAACCCAUAUAUCUCUUUACCGAAUGACCUAUCGCAUCGACAGCGCAUCAAAUCCACAGCCAUUCGAUCAUUAGUCGAGAUUUCGACAAGAAAGUUGCUCAAAGAAUUACCCAAUCUGAUAGCAGACAGCACCAAUAUUAUACCAGCUGAUAUCGUUAGCCGAUUCAAAUCCGUUUCUCAUAGCAUAGGCUAUCUAGUUCUAUCUCUUUUCCAACUUUUUGAUUUUUCUAAAAUGGUAAGCUUGCUCGUUCAAAAGCGUUUGGCCGCCUCUGUCCUCAAGUGUGGACAACGCAAGAUCUGGUUGGAUCCCAAUGAGGUCAACGAAAUCUCCAAUGCCAACUCCCGUGCCAACAUUCGUAAGCUCGUAAAGGAUGGUCUCAUCAUCCGCAAGCCUGAAAUCUCUCAAUCUCGUUUCCGUGUCCUCGAACGUGCUGCUGCCAAGCGUAACGGUCGUCAUAUGGGUCAUGGUAAGAGAAAGGGUACUGCUGAUGCCCGUAUGCGUAGCCAAGUCAUUUGGAUGCGUCGUAUGCGUGUUCUCCGUCGUCUUCUUGCCAAGUACAGAGAAGCUGGUAAGAUUGACAAGCACUUGUAUCACCACCUUUACCUCAAGUCCAAGGGUAACGGUUUCAAGAACAAGCGUGUUUUGAUGGAACACAUCCACAAGGCUAAGGCUGAGAAGGUCCGUGCUAAGACUCUUGCUGAGCAAGCUGAUGUCCUCCGUGCCAAGAACAAGGCUCUCCGUGAACGUCGCGCCAACAAGAAGGCCGAGAAGCUCGAAGCUCGUCAAUAA